GAGCCGUCAGCCCAGGAAAUGACGGUGGCACCAGGCUAGGUCCGUACAGAUAUUUGAGAGAUUUUAGUCUCGAUGAGAUCGAGGGCGGCUUGUAAGCUGCCUCGUUUAGAAGUACACGGUAUUCGCGGUGCUUCACUGCUCCACCUUUCUCUGCUGCUCUGUCGUUUUCCAGCGGUCGGAAUAGGAGAGACGCUGAUUGGUUGACGGUAUGAGCCUGUCGCUGAUUGCCAGGAGUUUCUAGUCGAAGCAGAGAUACUGGUGAAGUAGGAAUAUUGGCGGAAAAAGUCUUAAUGCCAAACGAAGCGCCAUGAAUCAGUGGCGUCGCUUUCAGUUCUUCGAGGAUCGCUCUCCCGCCGGGCCGCUAGCCGACGCGCUCGCGCAGGGCGUGCGGUGCGGCGCGGGAGGCCGCGGACGACUAGCUGUUGGGACGGAGAGCGGCUCGGUGUUGCUACUGGAUCGGUCGCUGCGGGUUCGGCGAAGCUUCGUAGCUCAUGAAGGCCCCGUGGCGUUCCUACACCUGUUCAAGCAACGCAACUCCCUUCUGACCGUGGGCAAGGAAGAAAAGGGAGCUGCAGUGCGGCUGUGGGAUCUGGACAAGACUGCCGCUCCUUUGGCUCCUGAUGCUGCUGCUUCAGGUGUUGCUUCAGGUGCAGCAGCAGGAGCAGAGGGAGGAACACCUGUGUGUGCACGCACGUAUCAUAUCUUCUCAGAUGCAUUUCCAGCUGCAGAGAUCACAGCCUGUACAAUCCACGAGGCCCCGCAGCUGAGUUACAUCCUGGCCGUUGGAUUAGCCACAGGAGCCGUGGAUGUGCUUCUAGCCGACUCGUCCCUGAGGAUCAAACGGUUCCGCAUUCCCCCUCACAGCAACCAGGGGCAAGGGGGGGGGGGAGGUGGCGUGGGGGGCGUAGGAGGGAGAGAGGGUAUAGGGGAAGGUGGAGGCCGAGGGGGAGGAGGAGGAGGAGGGGUUGUAGAUGGCCAAGGUAAUGGAGAUGGGAGAGGAGGUGUAGCAGCAGGAGUCGCAGCAGGAGUAGGAGCGGGAGGGAGGAGUGACCAGGCCUCGUCUUCCUUGCACUCCGCCCCAUCUGCUUCCACUUCUGCAGCAGCAGCUGCUGCAGCUGCUGCCGCUCUCCCCCCCGUUGCAGUCACAGGGUUGGGUUUUCGGAUCCUGGAUUCGGGCCCACAGCUCUUUAUAGUCACAGGGGAGAGCGUGUCACUGUUCACGCUGCCCAGUGGCGCGUUUGGGGCGGCAGGAGGGGGGGAAGGGGGGGGAGGGGAGGAGGGGAAAGAGUGGUGUUGGAGGAGAGAGGAGGAGACGUGCUGUGUUGCACCAUGUCAGAUACUCAGGAUCUGGUGUUGGCGCGGCCAGAGGCGUCUUACUGAUCUGGUGUUGGCGCGGCCAGAGGCGUUCUACUGGUUCAACGAGGAUGGGCCGGGGGCGUGCUUUGGGCUGGAGGGCACCAAGCACCGCGUCGCAUGCCUGCGCUCUUACCUCCUCUGCCUCCACUCCCCGCCCUCUGCACCCUCUGGUGCUGCUGCUGGUUCAGUAGCUACUGCUGGUGGUGGUGGGGGUGGUGGCCGUCUGGAUUCAGGCAAGAGGUCUGAUCAGGGAAGUGAAGCAGUAUCAAGCACAAAUCAGCAGCAGCAGCAGCAGCAGCAGCGGAUGGUUCUCUCCAUAUAUGAUACACGCAACAAGCUGGUGGUGCACAGUGCCGCUCUUGGCCCCGCUGCCUCGCUCCUCGCCGCCUCUCUGCUGCUGUGCGAGGGCGGGGCAGUGGUGGUGCUGACACUGCACCGGAAAGCAGCUGGGGGGGAAGACGCAGGAGGAUCAGGAGGAGGAGGAGGAGGAGGAGCAGCAGCAGCAGCAGGAGGAGGAUCAUUACGUGUGGAGGCACGGGGGUUGCUGCUGGUGGAGAGGGAUAUGGCAUGGAAGCUGGAGGCCUUGUUCCGGAAGGGUUUGUAUGCGAGUGCGCUGGACCUGGUGGUGUCGCAGGGCGGCGAUGCUGCUGCCACCGUUGAAGUGCUGAGGCGAUAUGGCGACCACUUAUAUGCUAAGCAGGACUAUGAGGAGGCCAUGGCGCAGUACAUGCGCACCAUCGGGCAGUUGGAGCCAUCUUACGUGAUUCAGCGGUACCUGGACGCGCAAAGGUUGGGUCUUCUGGCGCGAUACUUGGAGCGGUUGCACGAUAAGGGGGUUGCGACGCCGGACCACACCACCCUGCUUAUCAACUGCUUCUCUCGGCUCAAGGACGUGUCUAAGCUGGACGCUUUCGUUCGAGCGGGAUUCGAUUCUGCCGCUACAGACGCUAGCGAAACCACAAAUACAACAGGAGGAGCAGCAGCAGCUGGAACCAUGCCUCCUUUUUCCUCCUCCUUUGCCUCCUCUCUCUCCCUCUCACUCUCAUUCCCUCACACCUCAUCCUCCUCUCCCCAACUCCCCUACGAUCCCGAUACCGUAAUCCAAGUCUGUCGUUCCGCUGGAUAUUAUGACCAAGCUCUCUUUGUUGCCCAGCGGGCCGCUAAGCAUUCUGCUUACUUAAAAAUCCUCGUUGAGGACUUAAGGCGCUAUCCGGACGCGCUUGCAUUCAUAUCUGGUCUUGCUGACCGCCCGAAGAUUGUUUCGGCUGCCCGGGAGUACGGCCCAGUGCUGGCGGCACACCUGCCCGAAGAAACGAUUUCUUUGUUCUUGGAACUCUGCACAGGAUUCGGCACCAACAGAGAGGGGGAGGGAAUGGGGGGAGGGACUUCAGCAGCAGCAGCACCACUUGGGGGAGGGGGAGCGGGGGGGGGAGGAAGCGGAGGGGGAGGAUCUGGGGAGGGCCCAGGGGGGCCAGGUUUGGGGCGGUCUCGGUUUAGGGAGAAUAAGGAAACUGCCUCUCCGCGCUCCAGUCCCCGUGCCUCUUCUGGUGCUGCUGCUAGUGCUGCUGAUGCAGCAACAGCUACAGGCACAGCAGCAGCAGCAGCAGCAGCAGCACCCGUUCCUCCUGUUGCCAUCCCCCCUCGCUCCUCCAGCUUCCGAAAGUCACUUGUUUCCGGCUCGGGCAGGCUCGCGGGCAGCCCGGGCAGUUCAGGCAGUUCGGGCAGUCCGGGCAGCAGCAGCCUGAGAAUUCGCAUCACAGACUCCGGGCAGCAGCAGAAAUAUCUGUCUCCCAUGGAGUUAGCACCAGUGUUCGUGGACCAACCACGAUGCUUGAUGAAAUUUCUGGAGAUUUACACGGAGAGGGUGAUUGACUCACCCUGGCACAAAGAAGUCCUCAACUCCCUCCUCGAGUUAUACCUCUGUUAUGAGACCUCAGCCUGUCUUCCAUCUUCUUCCUCCUCCUCCCUCCCAUCCGCCUCUCUUUCCUCUCCGGAUUUUGACCUCCCAAGCUUUGACUCUGUUCUGAAAGCUGCUGCUGCUGGUUCUGCUGCUGCUGGUGGUUCUGGUGGCUCUGGUGCUGCUGCCUGUGCUGCCGUUUCUGGCAGUUCUUCUUUGACGGAUGGCAAGGCAAGCUCGUUCUUUUCCGGUGAUUCUGCCCGGACAGACCCUGUGCGCUGGGCAGAGCGAAGAAUGCUUCUCGGGCAGGAAAAGGAGAGAGAAGCAGGAAGCAGCAGUGGCAGCAGCAGAAAUGCCAUCAGCACCGCUUUCGUUCCCCCAUCUCCAACAACCCACUCUGCUGCUGCUGCUGGCGCUGGAUCAAGCGGGGAGGGAGGGGGGAGGGGAGGUGGGAGGGGAGGGGUUGUGUCUCCUCGGAAAGUGGAGGAUAGUAGCCGGACAGCUUGUCUGGCAAAGGCAGGGGCGUUGCUGCGAUCCUAUUGGCAGCAGCAGUCAGCUCCGCGCUACGACGCUGACCUGGCGCUGCUGACGUGUCAGGUGCAUGGCUUUAAUGAUGGGCUCAUCUUCCUCUACGAGCGAAUGCGCCUGUUCAAGGAAGCCCUGUCCCUCUACAUGAGAGAGGGCGACCGCAAGGGGCUGAUAGCAGCCUGCAAGCGCCUGGGGGAUGCGGGGAGGGGGGGGGACCCGGGGGUGUGGGCGGAAGUGGUUAGGUACCUGGGGGAUUUGGAGGAGGCGUGUGGGGAGGAGGUCGGGGAGGUGUUGGGAGCGGUGGAGAGGGGCAACCUGCUGCCACCGCUGCUGGUGUUGCAGACUCUCUCCCGCAACCCUAAAAUCACAGUGGGAGAGGUGCGGGACUUUGUGUCGCGGCACUUGCAGCAGGAGACGGCGACUAUCGAGGAGGAUAGAAGGGCGAUCGAGAAAUACCAGGUUGAAACGGACAAGUACCGGAAGGAGCUCCACCAGCUUCUCACCGCUCCUCUCGUCUUCCAGUCCUCUCGAUGUGCCGAGUGCAACGGCUCCCUCGACCUCCCUGCCGUCCACUUCUUUUGUCUGCAUGCGUUUCACCUGCGCUGCCUUGCCGACCCAACCACGGCUGUAGCGGCCGCUACAGCCGCCGCUGCUGCGUCCCUGGCAGGCUCAGCAGGUGGGGUGAGCGGGGGAGGGGUGAUGGGAGGAGGGAUGGGAGGGGGAGGGGGAGGGUAUGGGAUGAUGCGAGGUGGUGCUGGUGCUGGUGGUGGAGUGGGAGGGUUUAUGGGGGGUUAUGGGUCGGCAGCAGGAGCAGAAGCUGGUGAGCAAGGAGGAGGGGAGGGAGGGGAGGGAGGGGAGGGAGGAGAGAGUCUCAUGGAGUGUCCCAAGUGUGCCGCAUCGUAUCGAGUUGUGAGGGAGAUGAGGAAGGGGCUAAGGCAGAGUGCGGCAGACCAUGAUAGGUUCUUCCAGGAGUUGCAUGAUGCCAGGGAUGGGUUUGGAGUUGUGGCCGAAUACUUUGGUAGAGGGGUUGUUGGGGGAGGAAGUGGUGUGGAAGGGGGGUUGUAGUCACCAGUUAUAUGGGAACUUAUCGCUUUGAUGUCAAGCCACUACUCUAAGCUAAUGCAUUUGAAAAGCUCUUAGGCUCGAUAGACGGAAACCCAUUGUAGUGAUCCUUGUCAGGGCUCUCGACAUCAGACAAAAUCCGUCUGUUUGUCUGAUUUUCAGACUCUUUUUUAGGCGUUCCUCUGAUUUUUUAGAAACCUAUUUCUAGAAUUUCUGAUGCCCUAGAAACUGAAUUUUAGUCCUG